AUGAGCGAAAUCGAUUUAAAAUUAAUUAAAAGACAAGUUGAAUAUUAUUUUAAUGAUGCAAAUUAUUCUAAAGAUAAAUUCAUGAAUGAAAUAGCUAUGAGAUACAAUGGAUACAUUCCAUUAGAGACUUUGUUGACUUUUAAAAAAUUAAGAAGUCUUAAAGCAACACCAGAGCUUGUAAAAGAGGCAGUUAAAGAAUCUAAAAUAGUAAAAGUAGACGAAGAUAAAAUUAUGAAGAUAAUAACUGAAGAAUAUUUAUAUUAUAAGUCUAACGGCGAGGCAUUUAUUAGAACUUUACUUAUAAAGGGAUUUCCAAUUACUUACACACUUGAUGAAAUUUCAAAUGUAUUAACAGAUCCUAUACCACAGAGAGUUUCAAUGUUAAGAGAUCAUGAUAAACAGUUUUCGGGUUCAUGUUACGUUGAAUAUGGUUCUUUAGAAGAAGCUGAAAGUGUCUUAAAUAAAGAAAUAACGAUUGAAAUAAUAAAAGAAUCUAUAGAAACAGAAGAAGAGGAAAAUACGAAAAAAGCUAAGAGUACUGAACUUAUUAAGUUAGACAUUUCUAAAAAACCUAAGAAAGAUAAAGUAAUGAACUUCAAACAAAAGAAACAGGAAUUGGCGCUUAAACGUAUUAAAAAAGAUUUUGAGGGUAAAAUUUAUAAAAUUGAAAACUUAGGAGAGAAAAGUAUUCUUGAGGUUAAAAAGUUAGUUGAUGGUGUAGCUUUUGUUGAUUUAGAAAACAAAGUUUUAAGAAUGAAGUAUAUUAAUGAUUUUGAUGAAAAGGAAUUUAGUGAUAUUAAAUUAAUUAAACUGUCACCUGAUGAAUGUAAAGAAUACAUCGAUAAACUUGAUAUUAAACCAAAAGUAAGAAAAGGUAAGAAAAGUUUUAAAUAA